UAUGGCACAAAGCUUUGUUGAAUCUGUUGUUUUUAAUCGUGUAAGCAAAUAGUCGUUGCUAAGGCAGCUAUCCCGUUAGCAUGUCGAGUUUAAAUAAUUCUACCUGCUAAAAUAUAACAGUUAACGUUAUGCGGUUUGUUGUGGGCGGAAAAACAUGCGUGAAAUGUAUUUUCGGUUUAUGGAAAAAUGUUAUCCAUAAUAAUAUUCCGUGACACACUGGCUCUCUGUUAGCCACAUAGCCAGCUGCUCUGUGUUUACGGACAGACUCGGACAUAGUCAUACGUGAAUUCUAGAGAUAUUUCAUCUCCUCCUUUGGACGAGGUUUGGGAAUAAGUGCAAUAUGGACACGAAUGUUCAGAAGAGGCGAGAAAACAAGAAGUCGUUACGGGUUAAGGUCAUUAGUCUGGGAAAUGCAGAGGUGGGGAAGAGCUGCAUUAUUAAACGAUAUUGUGAGAAGCGGUUUGUGCCCAAGUAUCUCGCCACUAUUGGGAUAGAUUAUGGUGUAACCAAGGUCCAGGUUCGAGACAGGGAGAUAAAAGUAAACAUUUUUGAUAUGGCUGGGCAUCCUUUCUUUUAUGAGGUCCGCAAUGAGUUUUAUAAGGACUCUCAGGGGGUGAUUCUAGUCUAUGAUGUUGGUCUGAGGGAGAGUUUUGACGCUCUGGACAGCUGGCUCACAGAGAUGAAGCAGGAAAUGGGCUCACAGGUCAACAUGGAGAACAUCAUCUUCAUUGUGUGUGCCAACAAGGUUGACCUGACAAAAAGGCGAGUUGUGGAUGAGAGUGAGGGGAGACUUUGGGCCGAGAGCAGAGGAUUUCAUUACUUUGAAACUUCUGCUCAGAGUGGUGAUGGCAUCAAUGAAAUGUUUCAGGCCUUUUUCUCAUCCAUAACUGAUAUGUGUGAAAAUGGAGGGAAGAGACCCACUCCAGAGGUCAAUGUAGGUUUUACUAAAGAGCAGGCCGACACCAUCCGACGCAUCCGCAACAGCAAAGACAGCUGGGAUAUGCUGGGGGUUAAACCUGGGGCCACGAGGGAGGAAGUCAACAAGGCAUACAGGAAGUUGGCUGUACUGUUGCACCCGGACAAGUGUGUGGCCCCAGGCAGUGAAGAUGCCUUUAAAUCAGUGGUUAACGCUCGCACAUCCCUGCUCAAGAAUAUCAAGUAGGAGCGUGUGCUCACACACAAGUGCAUCUCACAUGGUUUCCAUUACAAACACACCCUCCGCAUUGUGUCUUGAGAUUUGCCAUAAAACAGAUUGUUUUCAUCUUCAUUGUGCCAUCUGAAUAUUAGUCUUCUUUUUGU